AACGUUCCCGGGCGCCAUGUUUGUCUUCCCCAGUGCCUGAGCUGUCAUUGGCGCUACCGCCAUCUUGGUACUCCUAUUCAUCAUGCCGGUCACCACCGAAAAGGAGUCGGAGCUCUCGGAGCGGAUCGAGGCGUUUAUAACCGGGCUGAAGCGGGGAACAGCGCGUCAGAACUCAGAGGAGACAGCCCGGGAGACUGUAGGCCUUCUGCGGAGAAUCAUAGCCCAGGCGAGAUGGGGGAACGCGGGCGAGUUGAUGGACAUUAUUCGGCGGGAGGGCAGAAGAAUGGCCGCUGCUCAGCCAUCGGAGACUACGGUGGGAAACAUGGUCCGGCGUGUGUUGAAGCUCAUCCGAGAGGAGUACGGCAGGCUACGAGGGUGCAGUGAGGAGAAUGACCAGCAGGAGUCGCUGCAUAAGCUGGUGACCGCAGAGGGGCUCAGUGAUGACUUCAACACGUCAUUCCCGCUGUUGAAGGCAAAUGUGAUUGAAGUUGUAAACGAGCUGCUGACUGAACUGGAGGGCACAACAGACAACAUUGCGGCUCAGGCCAAAGAGCACAUCCAUUCCAAUGAGGUUAUAAUGACAAUCGGACGUUCGCGGACUGUCCAGCUUUUUCUGGAAGAAGCGGCGCGCAAACGGAAAUUCCAUGUCAUCGUGGCAGAGUGCGCCCCCUUCUGUCAGGGCCAUGAUAUGGCAGCCAGUUUGUCUAAGGCAGGAAUAGAGACCACGGUGAUCACAGAUGCAGCCAUCUUUGCAGUCAUGUCGCGGGUCAAUAAGGUCAUCAUCGGAACUAAGACCAUCUUGGCUAACGGCUCCCUGCGGGCAGUGUCAGGGACACACACGCUGGCCCUAGCCGCAAAGCAUCACUCCACUCCCCUCAUUGUCUGUGCACCCAUGUUCAAGCUGUCCCCUCAGUUUCCUAAUGAAGAGGAUUCAUUUCACAAGUUUGUCUCCCCCCAGGAGGUCCUCCCAUUUUCAGAAGGUGAGAUCCUGUCGAAGGUGAGCGCUCACUGCCCCAUAUUUGACCACGUGCCUGUUGAGCUUAUCACAUUGUUCAUUUCCAACAUAGGAGGGAAUGCUCCAUCAUAUAUCUACAGACUGAUGAGUGAGCUGUACCACCCUGCUGACCACGACCUGUGAGAUUUCCAUUCUGCAAUAAUAAACAAAUGAAACACUG